AUGGCCACCACCAUCCGCCAGUUCACCUCUUCCAGCUCCAUCAAGGGCUCCUCUGGCCUGGGGGGUGGCUCCCGCACCUCCUGCCGGCUGUCUGGCAGCCUGGGCGGAGGCUCAUGCCAACUAGGGUUUGCCAGUGGUCUGGGCAGUACCCUUGGGGCCAGUGCCCUUGGGGGCAGCAGCAGCUUUUCCGGCUGCUAUAGCUUCGGCUCUGGCGGCGGCUAUAGCAGUGGCUAUGGCAGCAGCUUUGGGGGCGUUGACGGGCUGCUGGCAGGAGGAGAGAAGGCCACCAUGCAGAACCUCAAUGACCGCCUGGCCUCCUACCUGGACAAGGUGCGGGCCCUGGAGGAGGCCAACACCGAGCUGGAGGUGAAGAUCCGUGACUGGUACCAGAGGCAGGCCCCGCGGCCUGCCCCCAACUACAACCACUACUACCAGACCAUUGAGGACCUGAAGAACAAGAUCCUCACGGCCACCGUGGACAACGCCAACAUUCUGCUGCAGAUCGACAACGCCCGUUUGGCUGCCGAUGACUUCCGUACCAAGUUCGAGACUGAGCAAGCCCUGCGUCUGAGUGUGGAGGCCGACAUCAAUGGCCUGCGCAGGGUGCUGGAUGAGCUGACCCUGGCCAGAGCUGACCUGGAGAUGCAGAUCGAGAACCUCAAGGAGGAGCUGGCCUACCUGAGGAAGAACCACGAGGAGGAGAUGAACUCCCUGCGAAGCCAGGUGGGCGGUGACAUCAACGUGGAGAUGGACGCAGCUCCUGGCGUGGACCUGAGCCGCAUCCUGUCCGAGAUGCGUGAUCAGUACGAGAAGAUGGCAGAAAAGAACCGCAAAGAUGCUGAGGACUGGUUUUUCACCAAGACAGAGGAGCUGAACCGCGAGGUGGCCACCAACAGCGAGCUGGUGCAGAGCGGCAAGAGCGAGAUCUCUGAGCUCCGGCGCACCUUGCAGGCCUUAGAGAUUGAGCUGCAGUCCCAGCUCAGCAUGAAAGCAUCACUGGAGGGCAGCCUGGCAGAGACAGAGAACCGCUACUGCAUGCAGCUGUCCCAGAUUCAGGGGCUGAUUGGCAGUGUGGAGGAGCAGCUGGCACAGCUGCGCUGCGAGAUGGAGCAACAGAACCAGGAAUACAAGAUCCUGUUGGACGUGAAGACCCGGCUGGAGCAAGAGAUUGCCACCUACCGCCGCCUGCUGGAGGGCGAGGACGCCCAUCUUUCCAGUAGUCCCCUGUCUUGCGGGAGAACACAGAGGGACAUGUCCGUGACCACCCGCCAGGUGCGCACCAUUGUGGAGGAGCUCCAGGAUGGCAGGGUCAUCUCCUCCCAGGAGAAGGUCCACCAGACCACCCACUGAAGACUUGGCUUCCCCGGCCAGCCCACUAGGUGGCAGGGAGGUGGCCACCCCAUCCACCCUGUAGCCUAUGGCCCCCCUGGCCUCUAGCUCACUUGCUCCAGCCCCUUUUCCACACUCCCCUGCUUGACCCAAAUAAAGCUUGUCAAUUCAGACAUGCAUCCUUGUCAUGGUC